AUGCCUUCGUCCCCGAACCAAACUCAAUCCCAUUCCACGUACGAAUCGGUUCCUCGACCUCGUCGAGACCAGACCCCGCAGACAUACACAUACCAACAAGCCGGCGCGUCGAGCACCCUCAAUGCUUGGCUCUCGGAAGCCGAUUCGAAGGCGCCGUUCCACGCCGUCGGUGGGUACCGGCCCAUGACCACCGCUUCCGGCAGCGGUGCGAACAUGUGGGGUUCGGCGCCGGCCCCGAGCAGCACCGGCGCGACGUACGGCAGUGGGCGCAGCGCUCAUAGCUGA